AUGUCAUCUUCUUCACAGCGACAAUCUACUGUCCGCUUUCAAUUCUCCGCGGGGGAAGAUGAAGAACAGCUGGGUCGUGAUGCCGCGUCUCUCACCACAGGAGGACAAGGCAGGUGGAGGGUCACAGACGACAACAGAGGACUCGAGCGGACGUUUCGAUUCAAGACUUUCAAAGCUACUUGGGAAUUCAUGAACACGGUGGCGGCAGAGUGCAAGGUGCAAAAGCAUCACCCUGAGUGGACAAACGUCUUCAACAAGACCCAUGUCCGUUGGACCACGCACAAACCAAUUGGUUUGUCGUCCAAAGACAUUAUCAUGGCACGAUUCUGCGAUGAGGCAGGGACCCGCCAUGGUGAAUUGGCUGACGCUACGGAUGAUGAAUGUGGGUGUGGUGAUUUUAAGCCAUGA